AGUUGACUGAAUAAGGCGUCUGGUUUCUUGGUUUCCGCUGAGCAUGGUGCUUUAAUAGUAAUAAUAGCAAUAAAAUAACAUCUUGUGGAUUAUAAAAUAUUAAAGAAAGAUCUGGAAAGAAAAUGAGCGAGAACCUGCACACAAUCAUCCAUCAUGUCGACUUUUUCCCAUUGAGGAUCCGUGUAUUUCGAAAUGGAGAUAUGUUUGAUCAUGGCAGAAUUCUUGUCGUCACACGAAAACAAUUCAAACAUUGGAUUGUUUUUCUCGAUGCUCUCACAGAUUUGCUCAGGACAGCUACAGCUGUGAGAAGACUCUUCACAACUCAAGGAAUACCUGUUCAUCAUUUUGAUGAUCUUGAAACAAAUGGAGAAUACGUGGCGGUGGAAACUGGACCAUUUGUAAAUGUACCUUAUGGACAAGCAAGAUUUACGUUAAGACUAAAGAGAUAUAACCCAAUAAUCCGUGCACCAGAGCUCAUCCCAACGUUCUUGCACUCUGCCGAAUCAAUGGACAUUUAUUUGAAAAAAGAAGGAUAUGGAACAAUCACAGGUCUACCUUAUCCGUUUGAUGGAAUUCUUUCGAGAAGUCCAAGUGCUUCGAAUAUUCAAAUCAAGCAUCUACAAUCUCAUCAUAUUCCACCACUAAAAAUUGGAGGAAGCAUGGAGCAUUUAAAUGAGCUUGGCACUGCUUCUUGGCUUGGAAAGAAUGAGAAAUGGAUGAUGGGAGAACGGGUAAAAUUGGAGACGCAGAGUCAGACUCUUGCACAAAAAUCUGAAAAAGACGAACAAAUUCCACGACUGGAUAUCAAGGAAGUGGAUGGUGGUAGUACAACAUCGGAAUUUAUGCGAAACGGAGAGAAAUCGAAGAGCACCACGAAAUUGCCACGUCUACUGAACUCGAAUCGUUCUUUCAGAAGAGAGCCAGUAUCUGCUCAAAAGCCUCCAUCCGAAGAACCCCGCUCUACAUCUGAAAAUCUUCCUCCAAUCGAUUUGAAAUCCAUCCAAAUCUCUCAGAACUCUCAGAGCACAUCUCAGAAAAAGGACAGUGAUACGAUUUCAAUUAAAACCGAGGAAGAAGUAAUUUCAAUUUUAAAACCCGAAAAAACGACAACCGAAUCAAUUGUUUCAUCUAAAAUUUCACGAAAGAAUGCUCCAAAAGAUGAUGAUGAAGUUCGAUUUCAUAGAUCUUAUCAGGUCACAGAGACGACAUACACGACGAGAAAUUCUGAUGAAACGGACAGAAGAAAACCUGAAAAUGUUGAAAAAACAGUUGAAUCUAAGAAUGAUCGAUCUGUACAGGACAAAUCGGAAAAAAUCGAGAAAAAAGUUCCUGAAAAAUUAUCAAAACCUCAAAAAACGGAAACAACGAAAUCAAAGGAACGUGCUAAAUGGGCGGAUCAAGGAAAUACAACGUUGAAACGAGAAAAGUCUAUUGAAAAAUCAACGCGUCAAGGAAAAAUCGAUAAAUCCAUUGAAAAAUUAAUUGAUAAAUCAAUUGAUAAUACCGAGAAACUUUCUUCACAAAAACCAAAAAUCGAUAUGGCAAAAGGAGAAUUACGAAAGUUUGAUGUUGAUAUAAAUGAAAUUCCGAUUCGAUUUGAAGGUCCAAUGGUGAAUAAAAGUAGAAUAAAUACUUCAAGAAUUGUCACAAGCCGCUCAACAACAAAUCUAUUCGUCGAUGAAAUUGUGAAUGAAGAUGAACUCGAUGACGUCAUCGAGCGUGCUCAACUCUGGGAUUUGAACCGUAGACGCCAAAAUAUGCGUCAACAGCAUACCCAGACAAGUGGAUCCCUGUGCCGAUCGAUAUCGGCUCCCCGUCGUCGAGUUGUAUUGUUUGAUCCGGAUUUCGAUUGAGCUUUCAAAAAAUGUUUUUGUCUUUCCAAAUCGUCUUUCUGUGCUUUUUUCUUUGAAACUUGAAUAAUACGCAAAAAAUAAUCCAUGAAUAUUCUAUAUUUUUA